AUGACCAACAGUAAUUUCAUGCCAAUUGAAGAGGUGAUCCCUCAUUUCAAGCAGAACAAGUUUGUCAUAGUGAUGGAUGACGACAGCCGUGAAAACGAGGGCGACUUGAUCUGUGCCGCUGCUAACAUCACUGCAAAGGAAAUGGCAUUUCUAGUGCGCUACUCGUCAGGGUACGUGUGUGCCCCGAUGAGCAACGAAUUGGCUGACCAUUUGGACUUGCCCCUGCUAAGACAGAGCGUGAAGUGCGUUUCCAACGCGGAUGACAGACAUGGGACCGCAUACACUAUUACCGUGGAUGUCGCCGAGGGGACCACCACUGGUAUUUCUGCACACGACAGGGCUCUCACUUGCAAAUCGUUGAGUACCCCUGGUGCCAAGGCCACGGAUUUUUUGAAACCGGGCCACAUCUGCCCACUAAGAGCAGCGGACAACGGUGUUUUGGAGAGAAGGGGCCACACAGAGGCCUCUGUAGACUUGUGUAAGCUUGCGGGCUUGCCACCAGUGGGUGUGAUUGGUGAAUUGGUCAAGGACUCUGACGGGUCAAUGAUGAGGUUGGCAGACUGUGUCGAAUUCGGGAAGGAGCACGGUAUCCCGCUAAUCUCCAUCGAGGAAUUGGCAGAAUACUUGAAGAGCCAUUAA